UAUGAUUGACAGCUGUCGAAUGCAGGAGAAGAUCUGCUGGUGUGAUCAUCAUGGCGGAUGAGGUGUCGCGAGCGCUGAGCGCGCAGCCAGGCGGUGACACGAUCUUCGGCAAAAUCAUCCGAAAAGAGAUUCCUGCAAACAUCAUAUAUGAAGAUGAUCAGUGCAUUGCCUUCCAUGAUGUGGCUCCUCAGGCCCCUACACAUUUCCUGGUGGUACCCAAAAACCCCAUCACUCAAAUCUCUAAAGUAGAGGAUGCAGAUAAAGAGCUUCUAGGACACUUGAUGGUUGUUGCUAAGAAGUGUGCCGAUCAGAUUGGAUUACCCAAAGGAUAUCGACUGGUGCUUAAUGAAGGUCCUGAUGGUGGUCAAUCCGUUUAUCACAUUCACAUUCAUGUUUUAGGUGGUCGUCAGAUGGGUUGGCCUCCUGGUUAACGUCUCUCUCAGAUCAACGUAUCAUUAGCCAGAACAUUACUGAACAAUUUAUUUGAUGCACAGUUAAUAAAACAUAAUUGAAAUAAACACAAAGGCAAAGCUAAGCAAUAAAGCUGAAACUAAAAUGCU